CCGAAAAUAAUGAUAAAUUCAUAUUUUGGUAGAAAAUUUAACGCUCUACAAAAAAGCUCUGAUGCAUAAAAUUCGUAAAUGAAAGCGUUCGUGUGUUGAUUAAUGAAUUGGAUGUAGAGAGCUCAAAUUUUCAGAUUUUUUUAAUUUUUUUUUUCAAUUUAAAAACGUUUAAGCUCCUGGGAGAGUACAAAUUCAAAAAAAAACCCUGUUAAUGAUCACCUUAGCGUGCAUAGAUGUGUAAUAGUGGCAUAUGACUUAACACUUCUCCAUUUCAAAUUCUUCAUUAAUGACCGCACGGUAACCUGGCAACGGAUUUGCUUCUCGAUGUAAACACACCUGUCACUAUUACAUUUCUAGAGGCCAAGGAAUGCACCUAUCUCACAAGCAUGGCCGUGUUAGUCGAAAGCUCGAUAUACGUUUAAAGAAAUGAAAAAAAAUGUGCCAUUUUUUACACACUAUUUUCGUACAUCUAUUAGAUUUUAUAUUCAAAGAAAUCCGCUACAACGUUUAUUUCUAUAAUCUUAUUCCGUCUUAAAAUUUACCUGUAAUAAUAGUUACGCGAUUAAAAUAAAAGUAAAUAAUGCUUUUAAAAUCUGAUGUGAAAAUUACCUCACACGUCUGAAUAAAUAAAUAAAUAAAUAAAUUGAUCUUCAAUUACAAUAAACAAUGGAGAAAGUAACCAGUGACGAUACCUCGAUUUCCGAUUCAAAUAGAAUUUUCAACAAGUUGCCUCCAUGGCUUGUAGAAAUGACUGAGAGUGUGAAGAAACUAAAGACGCCAGAAGAAAGAGUGAAUUUUCUUUCGUGCAAGCCAUUUGCAUCAGACGAAUCGUCGAUCAGUCCAGCUGUUUCUUCGAUGAUUACCGGUGUUACAGAAAAAAGCAACAGAACAAACGAAGAGUCGCGUCAACUACCAUUUACAGUUGAAACUCCCGACGGAGUUGGCGGCUGUAUUAUCUUACAAUCAUCGACGACCGCUUCGCUUCCAAAUACGCCGAAAGAUGAACAUGAAUUUUUACGAGCCUACUCGGCACUCUCAGCCUUCAGUUUACCGGAGUCGAAUGAAAACAAGUUCGCAAUGUUGGAUAAGUACCUGGAAAAAAAAGAUGUCGAGAAAACUACGGAUUCUAAGAGUGGAGUAAAAAGUUGGGAACGCUUACAUUCCCCUUUAGAGUCGAAACCAUCUGCGGAAACCGAACAGCGGUUAGAUCGUAGCGUGCUAGACAGAAAACCAUUCGAGAGACUCGCGGCUAAUCAUUCGGCCAUUGACGUUCAGAUAAAGAAAACUAGAAGAAUGACCCGACAGCAGCAGCAAAUCACCGGAAAACCUUCGAGAAUUCACAUACCACCCUACAGACGUACGAGUACUGAUUUAUUGGAAGAGGAAACUGGUUUGAAUUUACCCAUCGGAGUAGUGAGAAGGAAGCAAGAUUAUUUAGCCGGAGUUGCGUCGAGAGGAGAUGUUCGAGUAGAAAGCAGCGACCCUGUUAGGAGCGAUGAAAAAAUGAUAAACGGAAAUAGACUAAGAAUUGAAACGACAGUUUCCGCACCUGCGUCUAUUUCACAGCAGAAAAAUGUCAGUAAAUUACCGAUAACAGAUAAAGUUGCAAAAUUGAAUCUACAAGCUUCUGGGAAACCAGCUCUCACCGAGGUUGUUAAAAAAAGUGUGCAAACAGAUUUAAAUCAAGCAGAAAGUAGUCCAAACUCACUCUUGUCCAAUUGUAGGCGACCCUUGUAUCACUACGAGCGAUAUCCACCAAAAGAAAACUCUAUUGCUUAUGAUUUCAUAAUACCUGAACUGCCACGUGGAACAACGCUUGUCAUAGAUAUUUUAACAACGUGGGGUGACAAACACUACGUAGGGCUCAACGGAAUUGAGAUAUUUUCUGACAUAGGUGAACCCGUAUGCAUAAGCAAGAUAUGGGCUGACCCUACGGAUAUAAACGUGUUACCGGAGUACAACAACGAUCCACGUGUUGUUGGCAAUUUAAUUAACGGAAUAAAUCAAACUACAGACGACUACAACUUGUGGCUUGCUCCGUACACAAGCGGAAGCCAUCACUACAUUCACAUGACGUUUGAGGCAGCGGUAAAUGUUGCAAUGAUCAGAAUUUGGAACUACAACAAAUCCAGAAUUCAUUCUUACAGAGGAGUUAGAGAUGUUAAAAUUACACUUGACGAUGUUGUUAUAUUUGACGGUGAAAUUGCCAGGGCAUCCGGAGGUGUAUUUGGCAACAUUAAUUCGUUUGGAGAUACGAUCCUCUUCACAACGGAAGGAAACAUUUUGGAGCUGAUAUCGAAACACGAUGCGACGUAUUCUUUCGGCGCGGGUGAAAUAGAAUCACCGACAAAGGAAACGGAUCGACCAAUAACAACGGAUACAGGCGAAGGACGUCCGCUGACUUGUGCCAGCUCUAAUCAAUCAAACUCGUCUAACUACAGCAGUAAUAUAUUUUCGUACAUUUGCAAAGAGGUCGAAUUAGUUCUUCUUUCCAAUUGGGGACAUUCCGGUCUCAUCGGGCUGACUGGAAUAGAGUUGAUAGGUGAUCAAGAUUCCACAAUUCCUUUAACACAGGCCUCGUUAUCCUGUAACGUUGGAUGCAAGCAUCUCAAUCGAUUGAUAGAUGGAAAUAAUUUGACUACAGAACCUAGCCACAUGUGGGCCACUUAUUUUUUACAAGGGGAUAACCCGACUUUAACGAUUACUUUUCAAACAGAGAUAUUUUUUACUGGAAUAAGAAUUUGGAACUACAAUGCCUCCUUGGACCUUUCGUAUUGCGGGGUGAGGCAAAUGCUUAUUAAAUUGGAUGGGAAAUCGGUGUGUAACGAUUGUGAUGGUUUUAUGUUAAGAAGAGCACCGGGUAGUUGUCACUACGAUUUUCUGCAAGAAAUUAAUUUUGCUAAUCAGUCUGCGAUAUCAGAGCCAUUGAAACAUCGGAUUACGUCAAUUGAUGCGUUUCUCAAAACUAAUCACAUGUGUGACAAUGCCGACUACGAAGCUCCGAUGAUGCCGCAAGGAUUCGUCUAUCAAGUGAUCAUCUUUUCAACUUGGGGUGAUUCUUAUUACGUUGGCCUGACCGGUAUCGAAAUGUAUGAUUCUAGUGGAUGCAUGAUUAAAUUAACGAAAGACAAUAUCACAGCCUACCCAGAAAGUGUGAACAUAAUCGAGGGAGUAGACAACGAUGUUCGCACUCCUGACAAAUUAGUAGAUGGUGUAAACGAUACUACAGAUGGUCAUCACAUGUGGCUGGCUCCAAUUUUACCAAAUCAGACCAACAGAAUUUACAUUAUCUUUGACUCUCCGGUUAUGGUAUCUGCUAUUAAAAUGUGGAACUAUAAAAAGACUCCACAGCGCGGAGUUAAAGAAUUUGCUAUAUUAGUGGACGAUUUGUUGGUCUACAAUGGUGUUCUACAUAGCCACAUUCCUUACGGUACCGUAUUGUUCAGUGGUAGUAAGGAUGAUGCUUCUGAGAAUCACAGUUUAAUCCAAAGUGCACAAAUUGGUCAGGACACCAAGCUUUUAAAUUUGGAAAGACGAGCUACGUCAGGUGGCGACUGUUAUGCAGAUCCAUUGCUGCGACCGCAUACAUCACUGAUGCAAGCCAAUGUACGCAAUAAUACAAAACCCAAUAUAUGAUUGAUAUUCAAAAAGCAUGAAGGUUUGAUACACUGCAUCCUUUUUGGAACGAUUGCGUGAUAACGUUUUAACGAGUACGAGCUGUUCACACAUAUAAUGUGUUGAAUGGCUAGAUGUGUCAGUAUCUAAAUUUUUCCUUGAAACUUGGGACACCAAAUUCUGAUGAAGUUACAUAGAAUUUGACUAUCAAAGUCAUUUUCUGAUAUGUAUCGGAGGUUGGGGGCACGGUAGAAAUAUUUCUUUAACACUUGACUAUGCAGCUAUAUCAAAAUGUAAAAUUACUGUGAAUUAGGAUUUUUGUAUAUUCGUAAUAGAUGCCAAUACACACGUAUACAUGUAGGUAUCGAUAUCAGCCUGGUACCAAUAAGAAGUUAUUCACUGCCAUUACAAAAAAUGUCUCCUGUAAUAAGUCAUAUCCCAUUGCGACUGAAAUUAACAUUGAACAAUAGUUGAGCAUAGAUGCAUAAGUUUGAUUUUGACUUCAUUAUUUUAUUCCAUGCUUUUAUUUGGGACCUAUUACAUUAUUGUAAUGGAUCUUAUCCACAUAAAAGGAAAAUCUCUCUCUGCAAAUUGUACAAAUGUUGUAAUAGAUAAC